AUGCAUAAAGUGAAUAAUCAAUUUGAUGAUCGAGAUGGAGCAGUAGAGGAGUACAUUAUUCCUGAUGUGAAGUGUGUGAUUCCUCCGGUCCUGCCCAGGCAGCAACAAAUGUUAGAAGGAUUAUUGACCCUCAGAUCGCGCGGCCUUUUUGAUUGCGGCAAUGCACCAGAGCUGGACGCGGGCAAGAAAAAUGCAAGCGAUGAACUUGUUCUGCCUGAUGACGUUGUGCGACAGCUCCACGAGAUGCUUCCACUUAAUGUGGGGCUAGAAUUAUGUGAUCAGGAUACUGCACCAGUUCAGCAGCAGCCUGCGUCGAGGAGCAGCCUGCAGAAGAACGUAGCUUCACCUCAGCAGAUGUCGCCUGCUCACGCCGUCCAAGUGCCUUUCAGUCCCAUGCAAAUGGCGCCCAAGUACUCGCAGGCAAUGGCCAGUCCAGUCACCGGUGCCCCCGCGCCAAGCUUCUUCCCUCAACAGCAGCCGCAGCAGUCAUCACCGGCUCCACUGCCUCCACAGACCGGACAGCAGCAGCAGCAGCAAAAGCCUCCUGGUCAGAGGCCGACGUAUCCUCGGCUGCCGGCCUACAACUUAACGUCGUGCCCUUGCCAACAGUGCAAUUACCAGAAAUACCUUGGCCCACAGCAGCAGUCACAAAAACGGAAGCUGCAAACCAAAGCAAAUAAACAGCAGCUGCAGCAGCCACCUCCGCUGCCGGCACCACUGCCUCCUAGAAGCCAAGACCAGCAAUGCGCUCAGCCACAGCCGACGCCGAACUACUGCUACACGACCCCCUUGCAGAAGCCAGAGCCUGCUCCUGGUCAAAGGCUGCGAACGGGUCUUUUUCUGCCGGCCGGCAACCCGCCAUCGUACCCUGGCCAGGUUCAACAGUGCAACUACCAGCAAGACCGUGGCCCGCAGCAGCAGUCACAAAAACGGAAGCAGCAAACAAAAUCAAAUAAACAGCAGCGGCAGCAGCCACCUCCGUUGCCGGCAACACUGCCUCCUAAAUACCAGGACCAGCAAUGCGCUCAGCCACAGCCGACGCCGAACUACUGCUACACCCCCUUGCAGAAGCCAGAGCCUGCUCCUGGUCAAAGGCUGCGUACGGGUCUUUUUAUGCCGGCCGGCAACCCGCCAUCGUACCCUGGCGAGGCUCAACAGUGCAAUUACCCGCAAGACCGUGGCCCGCAGCAGCAGUCACGAAAACGGAAGCUGCAAACUCAACCUAAUGAGCAGCUUAAAAACCAGAAGCUUUCAAAAGAGCAGGACCAACCGCAACAAUUGCAGCUGCAGCAGCAGCAUAAAAAACCACCUCCCCCUAGUUACCAGCAGCACCAGCAGUUGUACCAUGGCCAGCCGAUGAUGGACCACCCCAUCCGACACCAUGAAGCCCUCCCCCAGCAACAGUGCCAUUUUCCCUGGACUGUUCAGCAGCAAGGGCACCACAGGCUAAUUCUUCAGGAGAUCCGGCCCCAGGGUCAGUCCUCCAUGAAGAAGGAUCAGUCCUACGCAAAUCAGCAGCAGCCGACGCCACCGAGCAACCAGAUCUCCUAUAGAGCUAAUAUAACCUUCGCACCCAUGGCCCUGGCGCAGGGAGCCAAAGCCGUCCUUCCACCCCAUUCUAACAUGAUAGUCAACAAACUUAAACACUCGUCUUCCUUGCUAUGAAAUAUUGAUAGCCUUUUGCUAGUUUCCAUGUAAAAAAAAGUUAAGGGAAUGAACCUGUAACUUAUUUAGAAUUUCUCUGCAAACAUAUUAUUUUAAAUUUAAUCAAUGAUUCCAACUCUUUGGACCAUUUUUGUAAUGCAUGCCCUGCAAGCAGGUACAAAUAUGCUGCUCUGUGAAAACUAACCAAAUUUGGUGGCUGUGCGAGCAGCAAACAACUCUUUUUCUACGAAACAAAAUGAGUAUUAAUCUGAUGAACAAGCGCUUAUGUACUGUACAAAGAAUGGAGUCCAAUGACUCCAAACUAUGGAGUGAAAUGGAUUGUUGAAGUUAUUAAUAUGUAUAAACUCAGGAUCUCAUCUCUGAUGUUUAUUACAACUUAAACGCUUUUAUCUAUCCAAGUGAGAUUUACCCUCUUUUGGGGUAAGAAAUAAAUACAAAGUUUAAUGUUCUUAAAAAUGAGAUAAACUACUUGAAAUAAUAAUAUUAAAUAAAAAAUAAAAGCACAAAAUG